GCUCUGCGCUGCUCCCCCUAUAUAUCACUGGCAUUUCCCCCUCUUCUCCACCAUCGCCGUCUCAGCGUCUCUCGUCUUCCCGCAUCUCAAGCUCACACGGACAGGAUCGCACUCUCACAACACCACGAAGCUAAGCUCGAGUCGGACGGCAAUGGGGCUCUGCAUGUCUAGCGGCGCGGCGGUGGAAGAGUCGGCGGCGACGGCCAUGGUGCUGCUUCCGACGGGGGAGCUCCGUGAGUACCCGCCCCCGGCCACGGCGGAGCGCGCGCUGGAGGACUUCGCCUCCGGGGAGAAAGGGUGGUUCCUGUGCGACGCCGACGCGAUGGGCUUCGAAGGCCCCGUACCAGCGGUGGACGGCGCCAAGGAGCUCCGCCCAGGGCAGAUCUACUUCGUGCUCCCCGCCGAUGCGCGCAAGAAUGGGCUCCGGCGCGAGGACAUCGCGGAGCUUGCCGUCAGGGCGUCCGCCGCGCUGGUUAAGAAGGCCAGCUCUGUCGGCGGCAGCGGCGGACGGCGGAGGCGCGCCGGGUCCGUGGCUCCGCUGGUGUUCGCCCCGCCGGCGGCCGAGAAGGAGGUGGACGCGUACAAGACGAUCCCGGCGCUGGCGCCCAAGAGGCGGCCCCCGGUUUCGCGCGCCAUGAGCGCCGGCAGGAUGCAGCCGCGGUUCGCCCCCGAUCUCAGCGCCAUCCCCGAGUGCGACACCAGUGAGUGAUCCAUAGAUCGGAGAUGGCGUUCCGCUGCGGAAUUGAUCGAAUCUCGAAAUGGAGAACGCAGAUUCGGCGAUUCGAAGUUUCCAAGCUCCAACGGGCGACGACAUCCGGGAGAUAACAGAGGAAACAGAGCAAGGAAGAUGGCAAAUCGGCCACUGAUGUCGCCAAACCAGAACAACACGGAGAGAGGGCAGCCGUUGGGUUCAGCCUGAUCUGACGGACGGUGCUGGCUCCGCGCACAGGAGGGCGUAUCUAUCUCAUCAUCUUUUCAGUGUGGGGGUGAUUAGCAUCUGUAAUUUGUAGGAACAGAACCAAAUUUUGCAAAGAGGACGAAUUCCAUAAAAAAAAGAGUUGUGAAUAUGUAUGCUAUCCGGCUUUGGCAGUCGCUCCCUCUCAUAUUUCAUUUGGAAAGUUUGUGUAGUCAGUCAUGUUUUGCACUUUGUGUGGGCAUAGCUACGAUGGUUGAUGGGACUGUCUUA